AUGAAAAGAAGUACGUUGUUUGCUAAAGAAAGCAUCCUGUUGCGUAAACUUCAAGAAACGCGAAAACUUGCAUGGGAGCAUAAACCCUGUUUCAAUUGCUUAAAGGGAAAUUAUGAGGCGAAGUGUUGUCCGAGUGAAAACGAUGUUUUAAGGAACACUGUGGUCUUCCGCAUCACCCACUGUUACAUGAAAGUCACCAAGCAGACUCAAGUCCUAACAAUUGGACAAACACCCAGAGUGGCCUGUCUGGGACAUCUGUUCCUCCACAAGAAAGUGUCCGACGUUCCAAGCCUAUCCCAAGUCCGUUACCUAUUGCCAAGGUCAACGUCAACCAAGUUUGUGCUCAGCCACGACGAAAGGUCCUCCUUCAAGUCCUGCCGGUUCAGAUCCAUAGCCAAGGAUGA